AUGUGUGAUGUUAGUGAUUUUGCAGUGGGAGCAGUGCUGGGACAAAGAAGAGACAAGAAGCUGCAUGCAAUCUACUAUGCAAGCAGAACACUUGAUGCACAAAGAAAUUAUGCAACAACAGAGAAAGAGUUGUUGGCAGUUGUGUUUGUUUUUGAAAAAUUCCGGUCUUAUCUAUUUGGUUCAAAAGUCAUUGUUCAUACUGAUCAUGCUGCUUUAAAGUAUUUGAUGCAGAAGAAAGAUGCAAAGCCUAGACUUUUGAGAUGGAUUCUUCUUCUUCAAGAAAUUGACAUUGAAGUGAAGGAUAAGAAGGGAAUUGAGAAUGGUGUUGCUGAUCACUUGUCCAGGAUUAGAAUUGAUGAUGAUGUCCCAAUACAUGAUUGUUUACUUGAAGAACACGUCUAUUUUGUGGAUAUAGGGUUUCAGACUGAUGAAACAAAGAGUCUGUUCUCGGAUACAGAUGGUGUCGAUCGACAGCACACUAGCAUCGGUCGACACCCAUGUUUUCCCGAUACAGAUUGGUCGUAUGAUGGUGAUUUAGCUGCUGUGGUUAACUCCAAUCAACCCUGGUACGCUGAUAUUGCCAAUUAUCUUGCUGUAGAGAUAGAACCAGAGAAGUUCACUGGCUAUAACAAGAAGAGGUUAAUGAGAGAGCUUAGAAGAUACUAUUGGGAUGAACCUUACUUAUAUAAGCAUUGCAGUGAUGGGGUUUACAGAAGAUGUUUAGCAGAGAUUGAGGUACCUGACGUUUUGUUUCAUUGUCAUGGAUCUGACUAUGCAGGACAUUUUGCUACAUUCAAAACAGUGUCCAAGGUUCUCCAAGCAGGCUUUUGGUUGCCAACGAUGUUCAAAGACGCUCAUGAGUUUGUCUCAAGAUGCGAUGCUUGUAAGCGGAAAGGUCAAAUCAGUAAACGGAAUGAGAUGCCACAAAACUUCAUUCUUGAAGUUGAAGUGUUUGAUUGCUGGGGUAUUGACUUCAUGGGACCAUUUCCAUCUUCUUAUAUGAACAGCUACAUCUUGGUUGUUGUUGAUUAUGUCUCAAAGUGGGUUGCAGCGAUCGCCUGUCCGAAGAAUGAUUCUGCUGUGGUUCUUAAGUUGUUUAAGACCAUCAUCUUUCCAAGGUUUGGAGUGCCUCGAAUUGUUAUCAGUGAUGGAGGUAAUUACUUUAUCAAUAAAUCAUUUGACAAGCUGCUGAAAAAGUAUGGGGUUCAGCAUAGAGUGGCUACUCCAUAUCACCUUCAGACUAGUGGUCAAAAAGAUGCAAAGCCUAGACUUUUGAGAUGGAUUCUUCUUCUUCAAGAAAUUGACAUUGAAGUGAAGGUUAAGAAGGGAAUUGAGAAUGGUGUUGCUGAUCACUUGUCCAGGAUUAGAAUUGAUGAUGAUGUCCCAAUACAUGAUUAUUGGUCGUAUGAUGGUGAUUUAGCUGCUGUGGUUAACUCCAAUCAACCCUGGUACGCUGAUAUUGCCAAUUAUCUUGCUGCAGAGGUAGAACCAGAGAAGUUCACUGGCUAUAACAAGAAGAGGUUAAUGAGAGAGCUUAGAAGAUACUAUUGGGAUGAACCUUACUUAUAUAAGCAUUGCAGUGAUGGGGUUUACAGAAGAUGUUUAGCAGAGAUUGAGGUACCUGACGUUUUAUGCGAUGCUUGUCAGCGGAAAGGUCAAAUCAGUAAACGGAAUGAGAUGCCACAAAACUUCAUUCUUGAAGUUGAAGUGUUUGAUUGCUGGGGUAUUGACUUCAUGGGACCAUUUCCAUCUUCUUAUAUGAACAGCUACAUCUUGGUUGUUGUUGAUUAUGUCUCAAAGUGGGUUGCAGCGAUCGCCUGUCCGAAGAAUGAUUCUGCUGUGGUUCUUAAGCUGUUUAAGACCAUCAUCUUUCCAAGGUUUGGAGUGCCUCGAAUUGUUAUCAGUGAUGGAGGUAAUUACUUUAUCAAUAAAUCAUUUGACAAGCUGCUGAAAAAGUAUGGGGUUCAGCAUAGAGUGGCUACUCCAUAUCACCUUCAGACUAGUGGUCAAGUAGAGGUUUCCAACAGACAGAUUAAGGAGAUUCUUGAAAAGACAGUUGGUGUUACAAGGAAGGAUUGGGCUAUGAAGCUUGAUGAUUCACUUUGGGCAUAUAGAACUGCUUAUAAAACACCACUUGGCACCACACCUUUUCAUCUGAUUUAUGGGAAAGCAUGUCAUCUUCCAAUGGAGUUAGAGCACAAGGCAGCCUGGGCAGUUAAGUUGAUGAAUUUUGAUGCCAAGACAGCUUCAGAGAGAAGGUUAGUGCAGUUGAAUGAGUUGGAUGAGCUGCGAUUUCAUGCAUAUGAGAAUUCCAAGCUGUACAAGGAGAUAAUUAAGGCUUAUCAUGAUAAGAAGAUCAUCUCCAGACAUUUUGAUUUGGAUGGCUAUUCCAGGUUCUUUCAAAUUCCAAUUCAUCCUGAUGAUCAAGAGAAGACCACUUUCACUUGCCCAUAUGGUACCUUUGCUUACCGAAGAAUGCCUUUUGGUCUCUGUAAUGCUCCUGCGACAUUUCAAAGAUGUAUGAUUUCUAUCUUUACUGAUAUGAUUGAAGACUUUAUGGAGGUAUUCAUGGAUGAUUUUUCAGUUUAUGGGUCUUCAUUCAAGAACUGUUUAGACAACUUAUGCAAGGUGCUAGCAAGGUGUGAAGAGAAGCAUCUGGUGCUUAAUUGGGAAAAAUGUCAUUUUAUGGUUAGAGAUGGCAUAGUGCUUGGCCACAGGGUUUCAGAAGCUGGAAUAGAGGUUGACCGCGCCAAGAUAGAGGUGAUGACAGGUCUUCAAAUGUCAAAGAAUGUGAAGGCAGUGAGGAGUUUUCUUGGGCAUGCAGGGUUCUAUAGGCGAUUCCUUAAGGAUUUCAGCAAGAUAGCUAGACCACUUUCUGCUUUGUUGUGCAAAGAUGUCAAGUUUGAAUUCACUGAUGAAUGCAGAAUAGCUUUUGAAAGGAUUAAGCAAGAGCUUGUGAGUGCUCCUAUUGUUCAGCCACCAGAUUGGGCUCUACCAUUUGAGGUUAUGUGUGAUGUUAGUGAUUUUGCAGUGGGAGCAGUGCUGGGACAAAGAAGAGACAAGAAGCUGCAUGUGAUCUACUAUGCAAAUGGCUAUUCCAGGUUCUUUCAAAUUCCAAUUCAUCCUGAUGAUCAAGAGAAGACCACUUUCACUUGCCCAUAUGGUACCUUUGCUUACCGAAGAAUGCCUUUUGGUCUCUGUAAUGCUCCUGCGACAUUUCAAAGAUGUAUGAUUUCUAUCUUUACUGAUAUGAUUGAAGACUUUAUGGAGGUAUUCAUGGAUGAUUUUUCAGUUUAUGGGUCUUCAUUCAAGAACUGUUUAGACAACUUAUGCAAGGUGCUAGCAAGGUGUGAAGAGAAGCAUCUGGUGCUUAAUUGGGAAAAAUGUCAUUUUAUGGUUAGAGAUGGCAUAGUGCUUGGCCACAGGGUUUCAGAAGCUGGAAUAGAGGUUGACCGCGCCAAGAUAGAGGUGAUGACAGGUCUUCAAAUGUCAAAGAAUGUGAAGGCAGUGAGGAGUUUUCUUGGGCAUGCAGGGUUCUAUAGGCGAUUCCUUAAGGAUUUCAGCAAGAUAGCUAGACCACUUUCUGCUUUGUUGUGCAAAGAUGUCAAGUUUGAAUUCACUGAUGAAUGCAGAAUAGCUUUUGAAAGGAUUAAGCAAGAGCUUGUGAGUGCUCCUAUUGUUCAGCCACCAGAUUGGGCUAUACCAUUUGAGGUUAUGUGUGAUGUUAGUGAUUUUGCAGUGGGAGCAGUGCUGGGACAAAGAAGAGACAAGAAGCUGCAUGCGAUCUACUAUGCAAGCAGAACACUUGAUGAUGCACAAAGAAAUUAUGCAACAACAGAGAAAGAGUUGUUGGCAGUUGUGUUUGCUUUUGAAAAAUUCCGGUCUUAUCUAUUUGGUUCAAAAGUCAUUGUUCAUACUGAUCAUGCUGCUUUAAAGUAUUUGAUGCAGAAGAAAGAUGCAAAGCCUAGACUUUUGAGAUGGAUUCUUCUUCUUCAAGAAAUUGACAUUGAAGUGAAGGAUAAGAAGGGAAUUGAGAAUGGUGUUGCUGAUCACUUGUCCAGGAUUAGAAUUGAUGAUGAUGUCCCAAUACAUGAUUGUUUACUUGAAGAACACGUCUAUUUUGUGGAUAUAGGGUUUCAGACUGAUGAAACAAAGAGUCUGUUCUCGGAUACAGAUGGUGUCGAUCGACAGCACACUAGCAUCGGUCGACACCCAUGUUUUCCCGAUACAGAUUGGUCGUAUGAUGGUGAUUUAGCUGCUGUGGUUAACUCCAAUCAACCCUGGUACGCUGAUAUUGCCAAUUAUCUUGCUGUAGAGGUAGAACCAGAGAAGUUCACUGGCUAUAACAAGAAGAGGUUAAUGAGAGAGCUUAGAAGAUACUAUUGGGAUGAACCUUACUUAUAUAAGCAUUGCAGUGAUGGGGUUUACAGAAGAUGUUUAGCAGAGAUUGAGGUACCUGACGUUUUGUUUCAUUGUCAUGGAUCUGACUAUGCAGGACAUUUUGCUACAUUCAAAACAGUGUCCAAGGUUCUCCAAGCAGGCUUUUGGUGGCCAACGAUGUUCAAAGACGCUCAUGAGUUUGUCUCAAGAUGCGAUGCUUGUCAGCGGAAAGGUCAAAUCAGUAAACGGAAUGAGAUGCCACAAAACUUCAUUCUUGAAGUUGAAGUGUUUGAUUGCUGGGGUAUUGACUUCAUGGGACCAUUUCCAUCUUCUUAUAUGAACAGCUACAUCCUGGUUGUUGUUGAUUAUGUCUCAAAGUGGGUUGCAGCGAUCGCCUGUCCGAAGAAUGAUUCUGCUGUGGUUCUUAAGCUGUUUAAGACCAUCAUCUUUCCAAGGUUUGGAGUGCCUCGAAUUGUUAUCAGUGAUGGAGGUAAUUACUUUAUCAAUAAAUCAUUUGACAAGCUGCUGAAAAAGUAUGGGGUUCAGCAUAGAGUGGCUACUCCAUAUCACCUUCAGACUAGUGGUCAAGUAGAGGUUUCCAACAGACAGAUUAAGGAGAUUCUUGAAAAGACAGUUGGUGUUACAAGGAAGGAUUGGGCUAUGAAGCUUGAUGAUUCACUUUGGGCAUAUAGAACUGCUUAUAAAACACCACUUGGCACCACACCUUUUCAUCUGAUUUAUGGGAAAGCAUGUCAUCUUCCAAUGGAGUUAGAGCACAAGGCAGCCUGGGCAGUACUUCUUUACAAUUCUCGUUUGAAGCUAUUCCCAGGUUAA